CGCAACACAAGGGGAAUGCUGGAGACCAUUUGCAAACAUCUACUCUAUGCAACUAACAAAGGCAACAUAAGGUCCGCAAUAACAGUGUUUCCACCAAGGACAGACGGUCAGCAUGAUUAUCGUAUCUGGAAUGUGACUCUCAUUAAGUAUGCCGGCUAUGAACAGGAAGAUGGAUCUAUCAUUGGUGAUCCAGGGAGUGUGGAGUUUACUAAGAUUUGUCAGAAGAUUGGCUGGAAGGGGCAAGGUGGGCGUUUUGACAUUUUACCCCUGGUUCUCCAAGCGAAUGGGGAAGAUCCAGAAUGGUUUGAUGUUCCAGAGGAGUGUGCCCACCAGGUGCGCUUCAGUCACCCAGAAUUUGACUGGUUUGCUGAGCUUGGUCUGAAAUGGUAUUCCGUGCCCGCAGUGUCCAACAUGAUCUUAGAUAUAGGGGGUCUCGAGUUUACUGCAUGUCCUUUUAAUGGAUGGUUUAUGAGCAGUGAAAUAGGAGCCAGGAAUCUCUGUGACGUCAACAGAUACAAUCUACUAGAGACUAUAGCUCUGAAGAUGGGAUUGGAUACUAGCUCCAACAUAUCUCUCUGGAAAGACAAGGCUUUGAUAGAGGCCAAUGUAGCGGUGCUAUACAGUUUUCAGAAAGCUCAAGUGACCAUCACUGAUCACCAUUCCGCGUCAGAGUCCUUCAUGGCACACAUGAAGAACGAGCAGCAGCUACGAGGCGGUUGCCCUGCCGACUGGGUCUGGAUUGUGCCCCCUAUGUCAGGGAGUGCAUGCCCGGUAUAUCAUCAAGAGAUGCUCAACUAUAACCUCAAACCAUCCUACGAAUACCAGGAAGCAGCAUGGAAAACACACGUGUCGAAGUCCCAGCCUGGGGAGAUAGGACAGAGCACAUCCAAGAAAACUUUCAAGGAAGUUGCCGAAGCUGUCCGAUUUGUAGCACGUCUUAUGAUACGUGCUUUAUCCAAGCGCUUUAAGGCUACCGUUCUCUACGCUACAGAGACUGGACGAGCUAAAACGUAUGCAGAGAGAAUUCAUCGAAUGUUCAGCUCAGCAUUCAAUGCAAAGAUACUAUGCAUGGAUGACUAUGACGUGGCUGAUCUUGAACACGAGAGCUUACUGCUUGUAGUUGCAAGCACCUUUGGAAAUGGAGACCCACCUGACAAUGGACAAAGUUUCGCUCGAUACCUUGUCCAGAAGUCGAAUGCCCAGCAAUGCAAAAACAUGAAUAACAACGAUGAUGGUUUAGAUUCGACAGACUUUGUUGAUUACGAGCAAUUCUGUAACCAUCCAGUUCGAGUAUCUUCCAGAAAAAUCCUGCGAGUGAAUUCUUUGACUUCGAUGGAUACACCUACAUUGCUACUCAGUGCUGUGAGGUUUUCAGUGUUCGGUCUGGGAUCGUCUGCGUAUCCUAACUUCAAUGCCUUUGGACAUGCUGUGGAUGACUUACUUGGUCAAAUGGGAGGAGAGCGCCUGUUGGAGAUCGGUAUAGGAAACGAAAUGGGAGGUCAAGAGAUUGCGUUCAAAAAAUGGGCCCAGGAAAUAUUCAAGAUCUCCUGCGAGACAUUCUGCAUUGGCACUGAUGUUAACAUUGAUAACGUAGCAGCCUCCAUCUCCAUGCCUGACGCUACCUGGGCCGCAGAGAAGUUUCGUGUUGUAGUCGUGGACCAUCAGGCUAACCCGGCUAACAUUUGCUCAACUUUGAGUCGCAUACAUCACAAAAAGAUUCUACCUUGUAAAUUCAUCUCUAAGACAAACCUACACAACAAACUAUCCAGACGAUCCACCAUACUCGUUCGACUGAGCACUCAGGGUAACGAGGAACUGAGCUAUGAACCAGGAGAUCACGUGGCUAUCUAUCCAUCCAAUGACCAAGCUCUGGUGGAACGGAUUCUGCGCAGAAUCGAUUGUGGGAAUAAACCAGAUGUAGUGAUUAGAGUGGACCGCCACGAGGCCAGAACAACUGAUCUUGGUACCGUUCGAGCUUGGGUUCCACAUAACCGGUUCCUACCGUGCUCUGUCCGCUAUGCACUGUCCCAUCUCCUUGAUGUCACAUCUACACCUGCACCAAUGUUGCUCAAGACGCUAUCCAUGCAUGCAAGAAGCCCAUUGGAACAGAAACAACUGUCUCGCUUAGGAGAGGGUUCAGCAGUGUACGAUGAAUGGCAGUACACAUUCCCUAAUCUAGCUGAAGUACUCGAAGCAUUCCCAACUCUCCGGAUACCAGCCUCCAUGCUUUUAACCUUGCUCCCACUGCUACGGCCACGAUACUACUCCAUCAGUUCCAGUCCCAGACUAAACCCUGGGGAGGUGCAUCUGACCGUUGCAGUUGUCCAGUACAAGUCAAAAGGAAGUGGCGCUAUCAACCGUGGUGUAUGUUCCAACUGGUUAGACUCUCUAGCCGAAGACACCACUGUACCUUUGUACAUCAGAAAGGAGUCUUCUUUCAACAUGCCGAAGGAUAAACAAUCCCCAAUGAUACUUGUAGGACCAGGCACUGGCAUUGCGCCAUUCCGCAGCUUCUGGCAACAACGUCAAUUCGACAUCUCUGAAAGCUUGUCAAAAGCAGAUACCAACAGCAAGAUAACCGAACACCAAUUCGGUGACGUCACGCUGGUGUUUGGCUGCAGACAUUCCAAACUAGAUAACGUUUAUAAAGAGGAAAAACAAGUCGCGAUGAAGGAGGGCGCCCUCACAGACAUGUGGACGGCUUUUUCACGAGAGGUGCAUCUUCCAAGAACUUAUGUUCAGGAUUUACUGCGCAAGAACUCGGAGAAGGUGUACAAGACACUCCAGAAUGUCAAAGGUCAUAUGUACGUGUGUGGUGACGUCAACAUGGCAGCUGGAGUAUCAGCUACGAUACACUCCAUUCUGGCUAAACACGGAGAAAUGACCACAGACGAGGCCAAAAAACGUCUAAAACGCAUGAAAGCCACGGGUCGGUACCAUGAGGAUAUUUUUGGGGUCACGUUGAGGACUGAUGACAUCACAGAGAAGCUGCGAAAGCUGGAGACUCGGUCAGAAGACAACAAGUCAGUGGCAGAUGAAAUCGCCAACCUGAGAUCGGGUAACUUCAUUAACCGCCAUAAAGACACUUACAUACGGCGGACUUUGAGUGCUACCCACUCCACGUCAGUUACCGAUUUGACUGAUAUCGACUAUGGACGAGACGGCGGACGACAGUGGAAAGUGUCAGCACCGUCCCCUCCAUUCAGAAACCAAGGUCUGCGGUAUUGAAACUAAGAUCAAGCAAGUAGCUAAAGAUCAAACCUCAAUGUUAUGAAGCGAGUUCUCCAGGAAAGCCGUUGAUGAAGGGUAUCUGCGCUCAGAAGAAAAAGAAGAUUUGAAUGAGUACAAUAGCUCAUUAUUCGCCAACCUAGUAGAGAAGUCAUGUUUUUAUUGAUGAUUAUUUCAAUACACCAUUCGUCCUGGCUUUAUGCUUCUUCUUCUAACAAUAUUAUAAAGAAUAGCAGAUUUUCUUUUAACAUACUGGAUAAUAAUAUGUAACGCACACUCUAUUUAAGGAAAUGUGAGGGGCAACAUUCUAAUUCAUACACUCUUGCUUUGAUAAGAGCCAUUCCAACAGCUUUGUUCUACGUUGUAUCCCUUUGGAACUCCUUGC